GCAGUAUCGGGCUGUCGUCACCCGAUGGCAGCAUUGAGCCUAGCUAUGACACAGCCGGGUAUCAAUUGGCAUCUGAAAGAAAAUGCAAGAGACCAUCAUACAAGUAAAUUUUCUAGCAAAGAGCUGAUUGUGAGGAGAGGUCAGGCCUUCACUGUCACCUUCAACGGAAUGAGACAGCCUGAGCAAAACUUCGUAUUUGUUGCAGAAACAGGCCCAAAACCUUCAGCGCAAGCUAAGACCCAGGCCACAUUUGGUAUCUCCAGCUCAGUGAGCAAGGAGAGCUGGAGUGCUGUUCUGCAGUCCACCGCUUCCAACUCUGUGAGCAUCUCUAUUUCCAGUCCAGCUAAUGCAGUCAUAGGACGUUACAAGCUGACUGUGCAAAGUACUUCAAGUGGCAACUCCUCCCCAGCAAAACUUGGCACCUUUGUUUUGCUCUUUAACCCUUGGUCUUCAGGUGAUGAUGUGUUCUUGCCUAACAAGGCUGAGUGUGAGGAAUAUGUGCUAGAAGAGUUUGGCAUCAUUUUUGCAGGCAAUAAACAUCACAUCAACAGUUUUGGAUGGAACUUUGGCCAGUUUCAAGGAGAUAUUCUCAAUAUUUGCCUUUCCAUGCUGGAUCGAAGUUUAAACUACCGCAAGGAUGCUGCCACAGAUGUUUCUCAUCGAAAUGAUCCCAAAUAUCUGGGCCGUGUUCUCAGUGCAAUGGUCAACAGCAAUGAUGACCAAGGGGUGCUGCAAGGAAACUGGAGUGGAAAUUAUGAGGGUGGGAAAAAUCCAAGCAGCUGGACUGGAAGUGGUGAAAUCCUACAAAACUGGAAGAAAUCAGGAUUUAGGCCUGUUAAAUAUGGACAGUGUUGGGUUUUUGCAGCAGUGUUGACUACAGUGCUUAGAUGUCUGGGGAUUCCCACUCGAACAAUUACAAACUUCAGUUCUGCUCAUGAUGCCGAUGGAAACUUGCGCGUGGAUGAGUUUUACGAUGCUUCUGGAAAUCAUUUGAACAGAGGAGCUGACAGUGUUUGGAAUUUCCAUGUCUGGAAUGAAAGCUGGUUUUCUCGCAGUGACUUGGGCCCCUCAUACAGUGGAUGGCAAGUUCUGGAUGCAACUCCCCAGGAAGAAAGUGGAGGGAUUUAUCAGUGUGGCCCUGCCUCACGGAAUGCCAUCAAAGAAGGAGAUGUAGAUCUGGACUAUGAUUGCCCAUUCGUAUUUGCAGAAGUGAAUGCAGACUGUAUGUACUGGAAUUAUGAUUCCACAAAUGGAAAGAAAACAUUAAUGUUCUCUGAGUCCACAGUAAUCGGCCAGUUCAUCAGCACAAAGGCCGUUGGUAGAGAUGACCGUGUAGAUGUCACCAAUGAUUAUAAAUAUGCAGAAGGCUCUACAAAGGAAAGAGAUGUUUUUAAGAAAGCCCGUAAGAAGCUGGGACUAGAGGAUAAAUUUGAUCCCACCGCACCAACACCAAAGGAGAUUGAGCAAAAGCCUGACAUCUCAGGGAAGUUCAAGAUGGCUGGCCCUUUGGAAUUUGGAAAAGAUCUCAGUCUAAUUCUGGUUCUUACAAAUUUAACUUCUGAUGCUAAGACUGCUCAGGUAAAUAUGACAGCUUGGAGCACUGUAUACACCAGGAGACCCAUUCAUGAGAUCUGGAAGGACUCUAUAUCUGUCGUUCUGGCUCCUCAGGAAGAAAAACAAUUUCCAAUUCAGAUAUCAUAUGCUGACUAUCAAGAGCAUUUAACUACAGACAACACAAUCCAAGUAACAGCCUUAUGUCAUGUGCCAGGUGGGAUUCAAGUGCUAGUGCAAAGAGCCAUCACCCUGGACAAUCCUGGCAUUGACAUACAGGUACUGGGUGAGGCAGAAGUAAAUAAAGAAGUGGAUGUGGAAGUGGUAUUUACUAAUCCUAUUAAUAUGGAAGUGAUGGACUGUGUGCUGCAGGUGGAAGGCAGUGACCUGCUCAAAGGAAUCCGUGAGAUUGAUGUACCACCACUGAAAGCCGGUGAGAAAUCUAGCACAAAGUUUAAAAUCAUCCCUUCUGAGAGUGGCCUGAAGCAUCUACUUGUUAAUUUCUCCUGUGACAAAUUUGCAGAUAUCAAAGCAUAUAAGACUAUAAAUGUGAUUAACUAAGAGGAAAGUAUACAAUAAAUGAUCCAUUUCUGAAUAACUUGAACAAAACAGCAUAUGAAAUCAAUGAAAAAUCAAACCAAGUAAUUGCUGCUUCUGAAACAAAAUCCUCGCUUCCUGCAAUAAGGGGUUACUUCCCUAUUAUAUCAUCAAAUUUUUAUGUUGUAAUUUUAAAUAAACGGAGGCAUAGUUGAU